AUGUCUGCGAAUAAAGUAUCUGAUUACACUACAUACCGUGAAAUAACUAAAAAUUUAAUGACAAUAAGCGGCCUAUGGCCUUACGAAAAUUCAAAUAUUUUUUACCGGCUUAUACCAUAUAUCCAAAUAAGUUUAAAUUUAGGAAUGGCAUUAGUGAUACUUGGUUUUGUUCGUCAACAUUUUACAAAUAUUGCACUAGUAACGCGUGGCUUAAGUAUUAUGACAAGUUUUUUAACGGUUAUCAUAAAGGUAAUUUGUAUGUUGAUAAAUCAGAAAGAUUUAGUGGAGUUACACAAUAAUCUUGAUCCAUACUUUAAUGAAUUACUAAAAAAUUCAAAGUUAUCGAAGCUUAUUUUGAAAAAAGUCAAAAUCUUUAGACUUUUAUCAUUGGCUUUAAUUUUUUGCGUUCUUUUUUCUAUUAUAUUUUAUGUUGUUACCCCAUUAAUUUUUAUAAUAAAACGUCAUUAUCAUCAAAUGAAAAUAACAAAAUACCCGCUGAUUUAUCCGAGCGGGUACCCCUGGAAAAUAACAUCAAGUGGAUUUAUUUAUCAAAUUCAUUUCGCUUUUGAAACUCUUGCUUCAUUAGCAUUAUUUUUUGUAACAACAAGCAUAGAUUCUCUGUUCACUCUUUAUAUAUUUCAAAUGAUCGGACAAUUACGUGAAAUUUCUUAUUGCAUCACUCAUAUUGACGAAGACGAAAAUGAAAAUAAAGACAGUGUAGUUCGUAAAUGCGUCACUCAGUAUGAAAAAUUAAUGAGAUGCCGUGAAAUACUCGAGACAAUUUAUGGACCAGUGAUUCUUUGGAUUAUGGGAACCAAUGCUAUUGUGCUUUGUACUCUAUUAUUUCAGAUAUCACAGAUGAAAAGUAUAUCUGUCAUACGAGGAUUAUUAUUUAUAACAUAUAUUGCUUUGAAAAUGAUUCAGACAUUCAUGUACGCUUGGAGUGGAUCGAGUUUAACUGAAGAGAGUGAAAAUUAUAAACAUGCUGUUUAUGCUGCCGAUUGGUAUGGAAAUAAACGUCUUAUGGACUCUGUAAUUAUCACACUUUCUCAGAAGCCAUUGACUUUGACCGCUUGCAAUUUUUCAGUUGUUUCUGUUGAUAUUUUUGUUAUGGUUCUUAAUACAACGGUGUCAUAUUUUUUUCUACUACAAACACUUGAUGAGUGA